AUAAAAUUGUGCGCGGGGAUAAAAAAUUUUACAUGACGAAUUGGACAUGAAGAAAGUUUGUGCCAAGUCGGUCCCAAUAAAUUCGACUCCUGACCAAAAGCUCGUCCGUCAACAGAUUUGCUCAGAUUUUCUUGAGAGGUUACAUAAAGAGUUAAUGGAAAACAUCAUCACUUGCGAUAAAACCUACAUAUUCAAAGACGAUGUUGAAACUAAGUGACAAUCCAUGCACUAGAAAACUCCUGCAUCGCCAAGAAUGAAAAAAGCAAGGAUGUCGAAAUCAAAAUUUAAAGCCAUGCUAAUUGUAUUUUUUUUAUAUUAACGGCAUAGUGA